AUGAAUGCCUUUUAUAAUGACGCAAUUCGCUUUAUUUACGUAACUAUAAAAGUCAAAUGGACAGUCAGCACUGACCUUCUCCGAAAUGCUCGCUAUAACAAGGGUACAGCCUUUACAAAGGAUGAACGUAGUAAAUUUGGCUUAACUUCUAGACUUCCUCCAGUUGUUGAGACUUUGGAACAGCAACUUCAGCGCUCCUACGAUCAGUACAAACGUUUAGGAGAUUCCUUACAAAAACAUGUUUACUUAUCCGAUGUCUUUGAUACAAAUCAGACUCUUUUUUACGCAUUAGUCACUCGUCAUUUGCCAGAAAUGUAUCCAAUUAUCUACACACCCACCGAAAGUCAAGCUAUAAAACAAUACUCUAAAAUAUACCGAUAUCCGAAUGGAUGCUACUUAGAUAUUGAACAUAAUGAUCCAGAAUAUAUGAAGGAACAAUUCGCUGAAUUUGGAAAACCCGGAGAUAUCCAAUACAUCGUUAUAACUGACUCAGAGGGCAUCUUAGGUAUUGGAGAUCAGGGAAUUGGUGGUAUCUUAAUUUCAGUGGCAAAAGGACAUUUAAUGACUUUAUGCUCAGGGUUAGAUCCCAACCGCUUUCUACCUAUCGUUUUGGAUGUUGGUACAAACAAUAAGGAUCAUCGAGAGGAUCCCAAAUAUCUUGGAUUGAGAAAGGAUCGUGUACACGGAGAAGAAUAUGGUCGCUUUUUGGAAAAUGUCAUCCAUAGCGUAAAGGAGACCUUUCCAAAUGCAUUCAUUCAUUUUGAAGAUUUUGGUCGCUCAGAUGCCAAACCUGUUCUUGACCGCUAUAGUCCCAAAUUACCUUGCUUCAACGAUGAUAUACAAGGUACAGGAGUUGUAACUCUAGCUGCAAUAUUUUCUGCUAUCCGUCUUACGAAGAGUAAAUUGAAUGAGCAAAAGUUUGUCAUUGUCGGAGCUGGCACAGCAGGAGUCGGUAUAGCUGAUCGAAUCGUUUCUAGUAUGGUUAAGGAAGGGAUAACCAGAGAAGAAGCUCGAGAUAAAAUCUAUCUAUUGGAUAAGCAAGGUUUAAUAUUGGAUAAGCAUGCGGACAGGGCAACAGAAGGACAAAAACCUUAUUUGAAAAAGGGGUCAGUUUUUGCUGAUCAAUCAUCCUCUGAUGAAGUUGAUCUAGAAACAACUGUUUCUACGGUUCAUCCGACGGCCCUUAUAGGUGUCUCUGGUCAAGCUGGCAUAUUUUCCGAAAAUAUUGUACGGGAAAUGAGUAAACAUACAAAGCAACCAAUUAUAUUUCCUCUUUCCAACCCUACAGACUUAAUGGAAGCGAAACCGAGUGAUCUGAAUGAAUGGACUGAUGGAAAAGGAUUAAUUGCCUCGGGAUCCCCAGUGCCACCUGUGAAGCGUAAUGGAAAGGAUUAUUAUAUUUCUCAAUGUAAUAAUGCUUUUAUAUAUCCUUCAGUCGGCGUUGCUGCUGUUUUAUCCGAGUGUAAAACAUUGACUGAAGAAAUGCUUUCAUCCGCCGCAGACGGCUUGGCUAGUACACCGAGAUCUUUAUUUAAGUCUGAUGAUUCUUUACUGCCAGAUCUUACUAAUGUAAGAGAGGUGUCUCGUCAUGUGAAGUUUGCCAUUUUAAAGCAAGCGCUAGCUGAAAAUAAUUGUGCUGAUUAUGUUCCUCGUGAAGAUGAAGCUCUGAAAAAAUGGAUUAAACAAACAGAAUGGAAUGCUGAAUAUGCUGAAUAUGAAUAG